AUGAUAAUAAAAAUUAAAAAUAUAAUAUUAAGUUUGGUUUUAAUAUAUGGAAUUUUGGAGAUUGUUGAAUCACAUUCAUUUAUGAAUUGUGUAGAUUAUGAUUUUGGAGCCAAUAGAUGUCGUGCUUAUCCAAGAAAUUUCAGAGUUGUCGAAUUUUCAGGAGAUAAAUACCUCUAUCAACUUGGAAAAUUCACUAAACCACUUCCAACCAGUCUUGGUAAAGCAUGUGGACCAUCACAAAAUCGUUAUGCUCCAGUUUAUACUCAAUACAGUGAGAAAUUCCCAAUGGGUAUAUUUUCUCAAGGACAAAAGAUUUGUUCUCAGUGGCCAGCAAGAAAUCAUGCUACACAACCACGUGCUGGUUCCGUUGGUUUUUAUCUUUCAAAUAAAAAAGGUGAUUAUGAAGCUGAAGAUGAUACACAAGAAGAAUUCUUUAAUCAUCCAAUUAUUUCUAGACCAUUUGGAAAUUGUACAAAAUAUUAUGAGAAUACCAAUAAUGCAACUUGCACUGCUUGUUACAAUAUUCCAAAUGUAGAGAAUGGAUUGUAUACACUUCAAUGGUUCUGGGAAUUCAAUCCACAAGAAUAUUAUAUGACCUGUGCCGAUAUUGUAAUUGCUGGUAACGGUAAUCCAAUACCUGUCAAAGAAGAAGAAUAUAUUCCAGCUGUACAGCCUCAACAAUAUAUUCCAGCAGAUGUUCCAAUUAUAAGUAAGAGAGAUACUCCAUUGUUUGGUGUGGUCAAGCCAGCCGAACACCUCUUCUAUCAUACGCUACUUGAAGUACUGUUGAUGGAGGAUGGCCAAUUCAAUCACGACAUGGUCAAGGAUGUUUGGACACCCAACAGAGUUUGGUCAUCGCCAAUGAAGUUCAGAGAGAUGAACACGAUCGAGAUGGUUCCAGAGCCAGACGGUGGUCUGACAUUCCUCUGUUCCAAUGACCAACCGUGUUUCACCGGUAAAUAUUUCGACGGAUUCCACUUUUUCGUGAAGGGAUCACUCCGGGGAAUCCAAAACCUUAAAGUAGCAAUGGCAUCUGCAGAGAGUGCCGUUGUUAAGGAUCUAGUUUCCGAGGCGGACGGAAGCAAACAUUAUACCAACGAUUUCACCCACUUUUCAUUGGCCAUACCAGAAGACGUCUCCUACACAGCAGUUCGAAUCUUUGGAAACACCAAACUGGCUGAUGAUGAUCAUGUAUUCAUUGGAAAGAUUUCAGUUUCCAAUAGAGUAUCAAGUAUUUACAUAAAUGAAAAUCAAGAAGAAUAA